CACAACUCACACCUCACAACUCCGAUCUCCAUUCGAACACAAGCACUCCAACCAUGGUCGCUCUCAAGCUCACCGCCCUCUUUGCGAUCCUCUCCACCCUCGCCCUCGCCGCUCCCGUGGCCGAAGACGCCUCGGCUGAGGGCACCGUCAUCCCCCUGACCAAACGAUCCCCUCACAAGCCCGACACCCUCUACACCCGGGAUGGGAUCCCCAAAGCCGACCUCGCCUGGCUCAAAGCUCAAGAAGGCCACCUCGCUCAAAAGAUGCACGUCGGUGCUACUCAGUUCGAAGCCAACACCGGCAAAAAGUUGGCUUUCAUGGACCACAAGGAGAAGCGAGAGGAGAACUUGGCGAAACGGGCUGCCGCUGGGGAGGCCUUGACGGCGGAACAGGGGGGGAGUUAUUGGCAAGGACCCAUCUCGAUCGGAACCCCGGGACAGUCUUUUCAGAUGGAUUUUGAUACCGGAUCUUCCGAUAUCUGGGUCCCCGGUACCAACUGCAACGGUUGCCCCGGAAACAAGUACAACCCCUCUUCCUCUUCCACCGCUCGUAACCAGAACCGAAACUUUCAAAUCUCAUACGGUGACGGAAGCAUGACCAGCGGGACCGUCUACACCGACUCUGUCAACGUCGCCGGGAUAACGGCUCGUAACCAAGGAGUCGGGUACGCUACCAGCGUCUCUUCCACCACCGGAGCCACCUUCGAUGGAUUGGUCGGGAUGGCUUACUCCAGUAUCGCUACUACGAACACCAAUACCUUUUUCACCACCCUGAUCAACCAGGGAGCCGUCAGCUCCCCUGUGUUCUCCUUCGCCCUCUCUCAAUCCGGCGCCGAGCUCUACUUGGGCGGUACCGACUCUGCCAAGUACUCGGGUUCGAUCACCUACACGCCCGUCACCCAACAAGCCUACUGGACAGUCACCCAGAACGCCGCUACCGUCAACGGAAAACAGGUCGUCGGUUCCCGAGGAAGCGUCAUCGACACCGGUACCACCCUCAUCUACACCAACGCUGCCGAUGCUCAGGCUUUCUACGGCGGAUUCGGAUCUGCCAAGCCGUUGAGCUCUUUCGGAUACUCGGGGUACGAUGGGUACUAUGCUAUUCCUUGCAAUGGAAACACUGCUAUCAGCUUGACCUACGGAGGCCGAGCAUUCUCCAUCCCCUACUCCAUCUUCACUCAACAAGGCUACGUCGGUUCCUCCGGUGGUACCCAAUACUGCGUCGGAUCCCUUGUCGGAUCAGGCGGGUUGGGUAUGGGUAACACCUGGUUGACCGGGGACGCUUUCCUGCAGGCCGUCUACGCCGUUUUCGACCAGGGUCAGAACAGGGUCGGGUUCGCUACCAAGAGGUAGAAGUGAGGUAGAUCGCAGUGCAGCGAUAGGCAGCGAUAGGUUUAGGCGCGGGGGAGGAGUAACAUUUAGAAAGCAAAGACCAAAGAGUCAAAACCGCCGUCGAGCGAAAAGGAAAGGGAUUGUAAUACCGCAUCGCGAAUUAAUCGAACUGAAGGGAUUAUUAAUGAUAUGAGCCACUUAA